AUGGCAUGUUUAGAUAUGUAUAACCAAAAUUCUGAAAGCAAAGGCCUUGGCGGGGCUCCUCCAAUGAGCCCCCGAAUUUCCUUUUCAAAUGACUUCGUUGAAUCCAGCAAUAGUCAUGGCCAUUCUCAGCACCAGAUUAGGGCACCCGUGUCCUCAGAUUUUGAGUUUUCUGUGUCAAAUUAUUCAAUGAUGAGUGCCGAUGAGCUUUUCUUUAAGGGCAGGCUCUUACCAUUUAAGGAAAGUUCAAGCCAAAAGACUACAACUCUGAGAGAUGAGUUGCAGAAUGAAGAAGAAGAAGAAGAAGGUGUGGGUUUUUCAUUGAGGCCUCCCAGGAAUUUUACCAGAUGGAGAAAGGGUUUUUUGGGGUUAAGAAAAUCUCACAUUGGGUCCAAGAAAUCUACAGAUAAGAGUGAAGGGUAUGUAGAAAAAGGGACUGGCUUUCGUCAUGAGGAUACUCAAUGCAGCAAGAGUUCACAGGAUUCUGUUGAAUGA